CAAUACCAAACGCGCCGCCAUAGAAACUCGAUUUUUUUUUCCUUCCCAAAUCUCAAGGCUCUCCACACAAAAAGAACAUCGUCGUUCUUCUUCUGGUAUCGUCUCUUUUCCCUCUUUUUUUCUCUCUCUCAUCCCCAAACCCUAACCCUAGAUUAUUGAAUCGUCUCUCCCAUGGCGUUCCAUACCCCCGAUCACGAAUCAGCUUCCGAUUCCAAUACCCCAAAACGACUCUACAAUCCCUACAAAGACCUCGAAGUACCUAUUGGAAAUCUCUACCAGCUCCCAAUUUAUCCCGAACACCUUUUCAUUGAAGAAGCUCAAAAAAAACAUCGUUCAUGGGGAGAAAGCCUCACUUUCUACACUGGCUGUGGCUACCUCGCCGGUGCUGUCGCCGGUGCCGGAGUAGGUCUCGUUGAAGGAGUUAAAUCGUUUGAGAAAGGAGAUACUACGAAGCUCAGAGUCAAUCGGAUUCUUAAUUCGUCUGGACACGCCGGUCGGACGUGGGGUAAUCGGAUUGGAGUUAUAUCGUUGCUUUAUUCUGGUAUUGAGAGUGGGAUCACGGCGGCGAGAGAUACUGAUGAUGUGUUGAGUAGUGUAGCGGCUGGGCUUGGGACCGGCGCAUUGUAUCGUGCGGCGAGAGGGGUUAGAUCGGCUGCUGUAGCGGGUGCUGUUGGUGGUGUUGUGGUUGGAGUUGCUGUUACGGCGAAGCAGGUGUUGAAACGCUAUGUGCCUAAUAUUGCAUUGUGAGCUUUCAAAAUUUGCUCUUUUUAUUUUGGGGUUAUUAUCAAUUUUGAUUAUCAUUGUUAUUGAGGUAUAAAUUAUGUACCAGCUUGUGGCAGUGUUGCCCACUUGCCCUUGCAAACAAUUGGCUUAGUGCAUAUUUUUUCAGCUUGAUAAAUGGCUAUUAGUUAACCUUUCUAAUGUAAUUUGUUUAGUGAUCUUGAAUGAAUAAUUCGGACGGCUUUAAUGCUGGAAAGUUGAUACAGUAUUAAAAAUGUUGUUCCUAUGUGAAUGCAUGAGAAUGGAAUAUGGAAAAUUGUGAAAAUGGCAUUAUACUAAAAAAUAAUUGUGAUUGUGAUAUUUGUUUUGA